AUGAGCGAGCCCCGAGGAAUCGAGAUCGAGGAUCUCACCGUCCUGUGGACGGAUCUCGCCCUCUCCGACGACGAGGAGAGGGCCUCGGCCGCCCCGCCGCCGUCGACGUCGCCACCACCAGCGACGCCACCGCCGACGUCACCGCCAACGUCACCGCCGACGUCACUGCCGACGUCACCGCCGCUACCACCAGCGAGCACACCGCCGCCGUCGCCGAGGCCACCGAACCCCCAAGUUCCGAAAGAUUGGAAAACAAAUGUUCUAAAAACAGAAACGAAACAGAGAAACUAUAGUUUAGGAACAGGUGGAGGCUCACCGAUAAAGAUUUCUUUCUCUUUCAUAGAAGAAGAAUUAUUGGAAUUUCUUACUCCAGAAGCAGCAGGCCUAGAAAAUAUACCGCAAGGAGGAAUAGAUUUGAAUGAAAACAUAGAAAAUAUAGAAGAAAAUUUUAAUCAUACACAGGAAACGCAUAAGUUACAUUUUACUGAAAGUGAUAAUAAAUCACUGAAGAAGAAACAAUUAUAUACAAAUAAUCAAUUUUUAGAUGCUGAAAUAGAAUCAAACGUGCAAUCGUUAGGUAAUUAUCCAGUUUAG